AGGUGACCGGCUACGUGAUAAAUACCGAGUUUUUGGGAAACGGAUUUAAGUUAGUAUCAAAACCCAUGGUAAUCUAAUUAUUUUGUAUUACUUCAACCAAUAACCAAGAGAGAGCUCAAAUAAGCCAUUUUUGCGUAAAGAUGUGGUCAUGACCGUAACCAAGCCGCGUCCUGUUCGUUUUCAUCUCUUCUCUUACUCUCAGGAUUAAGUAUACUAGAGUUUGAAAAAAAAAAAAGGGAAAGUUCAGAAAGGGGAAUUUGGUAGAGGUGUUAAGAAGAGAAUACGAUCCAUGUGGCUCCUGGUUGACUGGUGGCGGUAUAGCUGAGGUGUUUGAUAUCCAGUAUUGGAUGGUAGGAAAGGUCGCAAACGUGUUAAAGAACAAUAAUCGAUUUGUCAUUAAUUCUUUGGGACCAUCUAGCUUUAAGGAAUUUCGAGCAUCAAGUUUAAGGAUUAGUCAGGUUUGCCAUGACAACGAGUGGGUGGUGACUGGAAAGGUUGCUCAGGUUAAAGACUUGGCCAACAAUUUUACACCAAAAACGUCCAUACCGUGGUUGUGGCUUGUAACGUAAGGGUGGGGCUGAUAAUGUCACCAUGUGUCUGUCCAUGAGAGCCAUGUAUAAAGGCUAUGCCCAUCAAUCUUGAAGAAUAUGGAGCCGUUCUUUGGAGAAAUCCAUAAGAAAAGGAAAUCGCCUCCGUGUCGUAGAGGGUUUGAUGAAUCUCUUAAGAGAAAACUUCCGUUCUUUAACCAGGUAGAUGAUAUUUCUUGCCAAAAUGUAGGGGUUGAUGAAAAAUUCAUUAAGCAAUCUACUAACAGGAAUUACAGAAUGGAAAAUACUGCUCCUCACCGUUUACAUGAUUCUUCUAGGCCUCUUUGGUCUACUGAAGAUAGUGACCGAUGCUCAGUUGCUAGCUGUAGUUUUAAUGGUGUUGCUGACUAUGCCGGCCAAGUUUCCCAUAAAUCAUCGGAAAACACAUCUGAUAAUUCUGAUGCUGAAUCAUCAUUCCCUUCUCUGUGUGGCAAAAAAGACUUACCCUUGUCCCCCCAAGACGUAAUAGUUGAUGUCCAUCAACUAGAGCUCCGUGCUUACAAGUCAACAGUGGAGGCAUUGUACGCUUCAGGGCCUCUAACUUGGGAGCAAGAGUCCCUGUUAACAAAUCUCCGCCUCUCCCUCAACAUUUCAGACGAGGAAUAUCUACUCCAACUAAGACAUCUUUUGUCUGCUCAAGUUCCCUGAUCUGGUUUGUAUCUCUGCAUCUUGCCAAGGUUCUGUAUUUAAAUGGUUCAGGCUCACCCAAUGACAGUGUUGAGAUAUGUGAGCUAUUGCAGGUGGCACCUUAACCUUCGGAGUGUAUGUAACGUGUAAAUACUUUUGAGGAAUUGAGUUUUUAGUUGUUGAAGCUUGGAGCCAGUAACAGGAAUCCAUGUUUCUGAAUUUCGUUGUCUUUGUAAUGUCGAACCUAUGUAGAAAUGACUUCCUUUCAUUCUGAGUAUUUGUGAAUUCACUCGCA